AAGCUUACUUCCGCUUUGAAAAGCUACGUUGUAUUGUGAGGAAGGACCUGCCGACGUAAUACGUGGGCCGAACUGGACAGAACAGCGCAGUGCUGGAAGGACUGAUGCGGCGGCUGCCAUGACACUAAGGAGAGUAAAUGGAGUCCUUCUCGUUCUACUGGCUGUAGCCAUACUGAUCAUAGUUCAUCGAAACCUCCUGAACCUCAGUGACUUCUUAGACAGAGAAAACCCAGAUGCUGGACAGAUUCUACCUUUUGAGGCGGAGUUGUCUCCUGGUGUUGGACAAAAGACGGAAAGGAAAAGAGACGAGAUUCCUGUCCUCAUCACUGCCUCAGAGGACAGACUCGGGGCUGUGAUAGUUGCAAUGAACAGCGUCUCCCAGAACAGCAAAGCCAACGUGGUCUUCACUAUUGUGACCCUGAAUGAUACAGUUGAUCACCUAAAGACGUGGAUAAGCAAGACAGCGUUAAAAAAUGUCAAAUAUAACAUAGUUAUUUUCCAACCAGAGCUUCUGAAUGGGAAAAUAUCAAAAGAUCCUAAAAUGCUGGAAGCUGCAAAACCAUUGACCUUUGCCAGGUUUUAUCUGCCUAUGUACAUACCUGAGGUAGAGAAGGCCAUCUAUCUUGAUGAUGACGUUGUUGUACAAGGAGAUAUUCAAGAGCUUUAUGAUAUCAACUUGAAACAAGGACAUGCAGCUGCCUUCUCUGAUGAUUGUGACUCAGCGUCUGCAAAGGGCAUCGUUCGAGGAGCUGGAAAUCAGAACAACUACAUGGGUUUCCUGGACUUUAAAAAGGAGGCUAUUAAAAAACUGGGGAUGAAGGCCAACACAUGCUCCUUUAAUCCAGGAGUCAUUGUUGCAAACCUGACCGAGUGGAAGAACCAAAACAUCACCCAGCAGCUGGAGAAGUGGAUGGAGCUCAACUCUCAGGAGGAUCUGUACAGUAACACACUUGCAGAAAGCAUUACAACCCCUCCACUUCUCAUCGUCUUUUAUAAACGUCACUCCUCCAUCAACCCGAUGUGGCAUGUGAGACACCUGGGUAUCACAGGUGCUGGAAAUCGCUACUCUCCCCAAUAUGUGAAGACUGCUAAACUGCUGCAUUGGAAUGGACAUUAUAAGCCCUGGGGGAGGACGUCGUCCUUCUCUGACGUGUGGGACCAGUGGUUCAUUCCUGAUCCCACAGGGAAGUUUCAUCCCGUGCGAAGACACGCAGACUGAAAAAUUACUCUUCAGAGACCUAUGGACCAACGCAGUCCCUGGCAGAACACAGUGUGGCUCCUUUCACCUCAGGAACUAAGCAACCCAGCAGUCUUAUUCAUCCUCCUCUGGAUUUGUGGGCCUCUUCACGCUGACAUUAUCUUGAACACAGAUGCCUGUUUUUACAAAAUGUUUUCCUUGCAAUGACACCAACCUGUCUGAUAAAACCAGAGGUUUUUU